AUGGCCGGAGGUAAAGGAAAAUCCUCGGGUGGAAAGUCUUCGGGAGGCAAGGUCGGCGUGGAUGGAAGCAAGAAGCAGCAGAGUCACUCGAGCAAGGCCGGUCUCCAGUUCCCCUGCGGUCGUGUCAAGCGUUUCCUAAAGAACAACACCCAAAACAAGAUGCGCGUUGGAGCCAAAGCCGCCGUCUAUGUCACAGCCGUACUCGAAUAUCUUACCGCUGAAGUUCUCGAGCUUGCAGGAAACGCUGCGAAGGAUCUCAAAGUCAAGCGCAUUACCCCUCGUCACCUGCAACUCGCCAUCCGCGGAGACGAAGAAUUAGAUACCUUAAUCCGCGCGACCAUCGCUUUCGGAGGUGUCCUACCUCAUAUCAAUCGCGCUCUCCUGCUGAAGGUUGAACAAAAGAAGAAAGCCAAGGCUAUCGAGGCUUAG